AUGGCAGUAACUGUUCAGUCCGCCGUAUCCAUAUUUGGGUUUCCAAGCGAAAUCUAUCUCUAUGACGUUAUGUUUUUAUAUAUGACACUAGCAGUAUGUAUUGCCAGUCUUGUUCAGGCAUUUUUCAUCGUGCCGUUAGUGCAUCCAUUGAGACUGACAAGUGCGUACGAGUAUCUACAGCGACGGUUCCAGUCCAGAGCCGUGCAGCUUCUUGGCAUGACAAUGGGCAUGCUAAAAACGGUGCUGUACAUCAGCAUUGUCCUGUACACCCCAGCUCUUGCGCUUGAAGUAGUUGCUGGAAUACCAAUAUGGUUAUCAAUUGUACUUAUAGGAGCGUUAGGAACUGUUUAUACCGCUAUUGGUGGAAUGAGAACAGUGGUAUGGACAGAUACUAUCCAAUGUGUUAUCCUGUACGGUGGUUUGACUGUGAUUCUUACACUAGGUGUAAAGGAAAUAGGAAGUUUAUCAAAGGUUUUUGAGUUGUCAUCGAAAGGUGGUCGGAUCAAAUUUGAUGAUGCUUCCCUUCUGAAUAUACCACUGAACAUAUUCUUCACGUUCAUCCUGGCACUCACUGGACUCGUGCUGUAUGCCUACAUCGCUAACAAAGAAUGUGAUCCACUGGCAAACGAGACGUUGUCAAAUCCAAACCAGUUGCUGAUAUAUUUUGUCAAGAAUGCGUUACAUGAUGUGCCAGGACUGGCUGGGCUAUUUCUGGCGGCUGUUUUCAGUGGAACAUUAAGUUCCUUGUCUUCGGGUAUAAGCUCAUUGGCUACAAAUGUUCUUCAAGAUGUCCUGGCUGGGUGGUUGAAGAACAUGUUGCCAAUUAGAAAGGCUCUCGUUGUAAAACUGUUAGUGUUGGUGUUAGGUGCAUUGGUUGUCACACUGGCUUACCUGCUUCAAUACUUGACAGGACCGGUGAUGCAGAUGUGUAACACGGCUAUUGGCGCUGCUGGCGGUCCAGGUUUUGGUAUAUUUUUCCUGGGUUCUGUUUUUCCACAGGCUAACAAAAAAGGGGCUCUUGCAGGGGGUAUCGUUGGUAUUGCUAUUAAUAUGUGGAUUGCACUUGGCUCUUUACUAUAUGGCACGAAAGCUCCAUUGUCGAAGCCAGUCACCACAUCUGGAUGCAUCCAAAACGAAACGGGCUUACCUGAGCUGAAUUUAGCACUGCCAACUAGAAGUAAUUACAAUUCAACAUUUGAUUUAUCAUUUGAUCGUUAUUUGAAUGGGACUACAACAAUGGGAACUCUACAUUAUCAACAAAGAACGGAUGACAAUCACAUCUUUAUAUAUGAUGUGUCCUACGUGUGGUUCGGAUUAAUAGGAUUUCUGAUCGCAGUUAUCGUCGGCUUGAUUGUCAGUUUUAUUACAGGUAAAGAUAAAGAACAUCCGACGGAACCGAUAUACAUCCUUCCUUUUCUACACCGUGUAUGGACAUUUGACGAGUCAUCUGCGCUUGGAAACCCAAGAACUGAAAAUCGUUUUGCACUUAUUGAUAAAGAAAUAGAAUUGGUCAAUAUCAAGGAAACGAGUUCUCUAGAACCAGUCGAAUGA